UUUUUUUUUAAUUUAAGUAAUACAAGUUAAAAAAUUACUAGAAUUUUUAGAAACAUUUUUAAUUUAUAAUAUCUAUACAGUAUACAAUUAACUGAACGAAAAUGAACUCAAUUUGCCGAUCCAUUGGAUCGUUUAUCUUAAAAAAUAAUUCAUGUUUCGAAACUUUGGGUUUGAAGGCAAUGCACAUUUCUGCUACAAAUAACGCUAAUUGGAAUCGCCAAAAUGUUGGACCUAGGAAAUGGCUUGAAUAUAACAAAAUUGUAUAUCCACCACAGAUGGAUCCAAAUGAGGAACCUAGAAAAGCUUUUGUCUGCCAUAUGAAAACUAAUAUAAAAUACAGUCCAGACAAAAUGUGGUACAUUGCUUCUUUUGUAAGGGGGAUGUCAAUCGAUGAAGCUUUAAAACAACUUAAUUUUGUUUUGAAAAAAGGAGCUAAAGAAGUACGUGAAGUAAUUUUGGAAGCUCAAGAAAUGGCUGUUAGGGAACACAACGUUGAGUUUAAAAGUAACCUGUGGAUUGCUGAGUCUUUUGUUGGAAAAGGCCGUUACUUUAAAGGUGUACGAAGACAUGCAAGAGGUAGACCUGGCAGGGUAGAAUAUAAACACUGUCAUUAUUUUGUGCGCUUAGAAGAAGGUAAACCUCCCAAAGAAUAUUAUCUUCCUGCCUCAAAAACCCCAGAAGAGCAAUUCGAGAAUUGGUUGGAGGCUAUGAGGAAACGCAAAAUUAUAAAUUCACUAUAAUUAUAAUAUAUAUAUAUAAUUUUUUAGGCAAAAAAUAUAUUUAAAAUUUUUCUAUUUA